ACUCAGUCGGGGAACAGCUGUGUUGGGUAAACAGAGGACGGGCCAGCGGCAGAUCUUGGAAGAAUGACAUGGCCUUUCAGAUGAUUCCCCCAAGACUGUCAUCCUCCCCCCCACCCCUGGACUCUCUCCCAUCUGUGGCCUGUCCAGGAGUGGAUGAGGAUGAUGAGUUCGACCAUUUUUCCUCUCACAAUGCCUCCUUUGACAUCACAGUUGCUCAAGCCAGACUGCGGGCUCCUUGUACUGCGGACAAAGCCUCUUCUCUACGCUUGCCUUCCACAGGUUCACAGCAGAGGGCAUUGGGUCUAUCGGACAAGCUUCCACCCACACCUGAGUCCAGCCCAUCCAAGUUUCCGGGACUACGUCUAGGAUCUGCCAUAGACAAAGGCUUGUCAGAGGGACUGGAGGGAACCCUGGAGGACAGCAUCAGCCAGGACUCAGGAGUGGAUAGCUCAAACCAUCCCCAUGAGUUUUCCCCACAGCCUCAGGGGGAUGAGCACCCUUGCUCCCGGGAGGACCUAAUCAGUGGUGAUGUGCGAGCAGACAGGGAGUAUUCAGAUAAUGAACAAAAUGGUGUGGAUGACUUUGGAGACUUCCAAGGAGGGGGUGUUGCUGGUGUUGAGACAUCAGGUGCCAAGGAGUGCUUGGAUGGCUUUUCAGGCACCAUCAGUCAGGACAAGAUUGAUGGUCAAAUAUCUAGUCAACUGCUUUCCCAGGAGUCUGAAAACUCCAAGUGUGAGGAGAGUAAUCCAGUCAGACAUAGGACAAAUUGCUCUCCUCCACCCUUAGAGUGUGUAGCAGAGAGCACAGUAGUGGAAGAUGGCUUUCCUUCUAGUUUCGUCCCUCCAAAUGAUGCUGCUGACUUUGGGGAUUUUGCCUCACAUGAAGCCACUUUUGACCCAAGCAGUGACACUCAUCACCUCAAUGACACAAGUCUUCACUCUCAUGAUCUGCAGCCAGGUGCCAAAGCCACUGUGCUGGAAAGUGAUAAUGGAGAGAUAGCAUCUUCAGAUGCUCAACAAGUUAGUUACGCUGAAAGAUUGCAAGAUACUAGUCCAGAGGAGGAGGAUUUAGUAUGCAAACCAGACAGGGAUGCAAGAAGUGGGGUAAAAGGUGUCAGUGAUUGUGAGCAUCUGGGAGAGAAUUUUGCCUCCCCACCCAAAGAAACUCUAUCUCCUCUGUCUGAUGAGAGGACUGAGCGGGGGGCAGCAGAUGGGAUGGCUACCUCUUCAAGGGAUGUUGGGGAAAGCUCUGGGGAAUCAACAACUCGUGUGUCAGAUAGGGGUAUUGGUGAAGCAAGAACAGAAGACACUGCAAGACUAGAGAACAUCAGUCCCUCACCCAGUGGUAUUGAGAGUGCAGUGUUGGAAAGUGAAUGGCCAGUAGAGGGAAGUGACAGAAUGGGGGAAGGAAGUGAACAGGAAGUAGAACCCUCCAAUGAUGCUGAUGCCACAGAGCAUUUUGGUGUUGUGUGUGGGAGUGAUGAGGAAUCCAAUUUUGGGGACUUUAACCAAGCCAGUGGUGAUGAGGAUGACUUAGACUUUGCUGAUUUGAGAAAACAGGUCGAGAGCAGUAGUUUUGAAGACUUUGGUGACUUCAGCUCUGGGUUUGCAGAAAAUAAUGAUGGUGGUGUUGGCAGUGCUGAAAGAAGUGGUAAUGACAAAAACACUGAGAACAAAGCUGAGUUUGAUGACUUUGGUGACUUCACAGCCUCUGCAGACACUGAGGACAAGGCUGAAUUUGGUGAUUUUGGUGACUUUACGGCCUCUGCAGACACUGAGGAGAAGGCUGAGUUUGGUGAUUUUGGUGACUUCACAGCCUCUGCAGACACUGAGGAUAAAGCUGAGUUUGGUGAUUUUGGUGACUUUGAGGGACACACAAAGGAAAGGGAAGUGGAUGAUAAUGUUCCACAAGAUUUUGAAGAUGACUUUGGUGACUUCAGUGCCCCAAAGAGCAGUGAGGAACUCCAAGGGUCCACCACUGGAGGUGUAGUUGAGGAGGCACAGUUCCCUCCUUCAGAUGAUGGAGUUGAGAAGAAAAGUCUUGUCCUUCAGAAGCUGGAGAGUCUUGUUGCUAAAUGGAUACCUAGUGCACCCAUGCCACCUCAGGAGGAGAGUUGCCCUGUGCCUCUGCUGCACCAGGCCAUCGAGAGCGAUGCCUUUGUGUGGCGACAACUGGAGAACCUAGAGUCUAGUGCUGCCCUGAGACUCUCCUGGAGCAGCACACAGGCUCACACCUACUUCCUUUCCUCAGUGAAUGUAGACGCUCGCAACAUUGUGAGUAAGGCAGCCAUGAUCACGCUGUUUGGGCAGAAGUGGAGCUCCUCAGUCCCACUUUUUGCUCAGACCCUCAGCUUCUCCCCACUUACCCCAGCCAAGUCCACUGAGGGUGGGGGAACAGGAGGGUCUGCAGGAGUGGCCCUUUCAGCAGCCACCAAAGAGCUUCCUCCAGAUACUUCAGCUACUGCGACAAUCAAACAUGGACAGCACAAGAAAAAGUUUGUACAUGAUCCCUCCUCUACUCAUAGGGCAGACAAAGGCUCAGAGGAGCAGAUUCCUCCAGCGAAAUUUGAUUGGACAUCUAGCGGCCUGACCAACCCACUGGAGGGCCCGGCCUAUAGCUCAUCCUUAUUUGGCUUGGAUCUCCUCUUAGCGAACACUAAAAUUGGUAAAGGGGCGACUAAUGCUCUACUCGCAAGCCUUGAGCAGGAGUUCCUCAGUGAAGGUGGAGAGAAAGCGUCAAAUGGGCGAGUAGUCAAGAGUCCACCAACCCCCUCACCCCUUGUGCAGCAGAUCCUGGGUGGAGGGAUGAGUAAAGUACCCACGCCUGCCACGCCCCUGCAGUCCCUGGCCCCUGAGGUCCUCCUCUUGGUCCUUUCUUCAUGACGCUGUUUGCAAAAGUAAGGGCUGUUCUGCCUUGUGCUACUGUCACUCAAAUUAUGGAUUUGCUGCUACAGUUAAUUGGAAGGAGGAAGCCGUUGUGCAUACGAUCCUGGCUUCAAAGAUGGGAGGACAGGAGUGUUUACCCAAACCAACAACUCGCUCCCAGUUGGCCGUACAGGCAACCGUGGUUGCUCCUUGCUCCAACGGUUGGAGGAAAAUGCCCAGUGUGACACCGCCUUUGUCCACUUUCCACACUCGCAGAGGUAGCACCGAACGCUCGUGACCGCAUACGGUUGUGCUCUAGUGUGCGAUCUUUGUGUUUUCAGCACUAUAUUAUUUAUAUAUUAUGCUAUAUUAUUAUACUAUAUUAUAUAAAUAUUAAGUAUCUAUCAUUGUUUGUUGUUUGUAAAAUUACUUUCAUUUUCUAUAAAAUAACAUGUAAAAUGAUUAUUAUGUUAAUAUUUUUUUGGGAUAUGGGGUGCAUUAAUGGGAUUCCCAUUAAUUUCAAUGGAGAAAUUUGUUUUGGUUUGUGAGUGUUUUGAUUUGCAAGCGAAAUUCCAGAACAAAUUAAACUUGUAAACCGAGGUAUGACCAUAUAUAUAUAUAUAUAUAUAU